AUGGACGGAGUCGAACGCAGCGGCAAAGUAAAAAAGCAGACAGCAGAAUUCAAGGAUCCGUCUCAGUGUGAAUAUCUGAUCCACACAUACACGCCCAGCGCGAAAUCCGGCUUGGUUGGGUCGCGUCCCAGAGUCGCGCACAGACUAGAAUCACCUGAAGGUAACAAUAGCAUUAGCAAUAGUGAAGAUCUUCAGAGCAACGCCGAUGAGGCUAAUGCCAUGGUAGUUCUCACAUCUUGUCUUACCUCCAGUCCUGUGGACAGGCACAAGGAUGCCUGA